AUCCUCUCGAUUCUCGAUUCUCGACAAGUUGUCUUCCCUCUCUACCCCACGCGACCCAGGUGCGUGCCCGCUGACUUCUGGCGGAGAUCCGUCGCGUCCUCCUCUUGCCUAUUUAUCUGUCUGUAUAUAAGUAACGAAUCUCCUACCUCUGUUCUACCCCUCUUCACCACGAAAGGCUGCAGGUCUGCGAUGUCCUCGGUUUGACUCGAGUCGCGACGCAUCCGGCGGGCUCGUCGUCCCUGAAUGCGCAUCUGCCUGUCUUUUGGACUACUAUAUCACGAUUAUACGACUGCCAGACGAGAAGCCGAUGAGAACACCGCUGCUGGGUGCGAGAGUUCCAACUAGCUGCUGUUGGCCUUCGAUCGGACCGUCACAGACCGCUUCGCCCUCAAUGCGAUAUAAUCUCUUGAGAGGCUCCCUCUGCCCCAUUCUUAUUCCUGCCCAUGGCUGCCCCUCCCCAGGUUCCAACAGCCCCAAACACUCCGCUCUUGAAUAGAUACAGCAAUGACGGCUUUUCGAAUACUCGGCCGCCAAGUGGGCCGUGCAAUUAUAGAAAUAUGAGCAUUGGGGCCGAUGUGAGAUGUGGAUGUCGUCGGUUUACGGACAAUGCCCUACAGGUCCAGCUUCUGGAUACGCCGUCCGGAUUUUGUGUCUGCACCCAUCAUUCUUGCUACCAUGACCGCUAUGAAGAUGGGCCAGUGGUUGAAACUGAUGUACAGGUAGCUGAGGGGUCAUCUCUGACCCCGGAAAAGCCGAAGCAGCCACAGGAGCCGUUGCAGCCUCGUCUAGAAGAUGAGCGUCCAGAGGUAGGGCCACAAGAAUCUCUACCGGAUACCUUUCAAUGGAACCGUUUCCUCAAUUCUGCAAGCCAGGGAAGUCUCCCUCCUAUCCCGUCCCAGUGUCUCUUACCGUCCGACAAUGGGUCCAGAGCCUCAAGCAGCCAAGCAGGGUGCACUCGACCCUUCGCAGGAUUAGGACUCCAGACCCUGAGUCAUAUACCAAAACCUAAUUCCGCGGCGCGGAAGAAUAAUCCGGACUCCCGAAAAGGCCCCUUGCUUCAUGAAAAUGGGAAGGCUAUGCAGAUUUACGAGGAUUCGAAUGGCCAUGCAUACUUGCAGAGCCUCACCGAGGUGGCUACGCCGAGCGUGAGAUCCUCCCAGGGUGUGGAGGCUGAAGCUGCCUUUAUCAAGAAUGGCACAAUCGUUCAAGAUGCUCUCCAAAAAAUCGCAGAUGAUAGAGCAAACGGAGUCACUGUAGCCUUGAGGACGACCGAGGAGGCCACUGAAUCUAGGCCUGCCCCUAUCCCUGACCAAGAAAAUUUAUUGCCAAGGAUCCAGAGCAUCGUGAGACACGUGAUUGAUUAUCCCAUGAAAAUUCAAAAUCAUGAACAUCGACUAGAUCAACUGGAAAAUGCCUCGUUUUCACAAGCGCUCCUUGAGGAGGUUCGGGAAGGACAUGAUUAUUUAGGUGGCCGUGUCGGGGAUCUUGAGGACCGGAUGGCUGAAGUUGAGAGGCAGCAGCAGGCUUUGAACGAUGCCAGUAGUGUCGGCAGCCGACAACUCCUUGACGCUUCUAUGGACUCAAGAAUGUCAAACGCCCCUUCUGCCUUGAGUUCAAAUGCUAUUGGCCCGGACUAUUCUCGCAUAGAGGCUCUUGAGUCACAGCUCUCUGACCUCCAAGCUGUUGCACCCCCGUCUCACUCGCGACCGUGGGAGGUGGAAGUCGUGUUCUUGCCUUUUGGUCCCCAGUUGAUGGGCAUCUGGACUCCACAGCAUCUAGUUACUCGAGGAACCAGGAUGAGCAGUAUGUCAGGUGAUGAGUGGACGCAAACUCAACACAAUUCAAUGGCUGCAGCUCAAGCAAGCCUUGCCGCUCAUGAUCAAGCUAUAGCCUGGGAGACUUCAGCAAAGGCUCUUAGUGAGGAGCAGUCGUGGUUGAUGGCGAAGGCGUGUGGUCCUCGGAGCAAGGUCGAUCAACGUCUUAGGAGCAGAGGACUAGUCAAGUUGAUUCAAAUCAAAGGGCCUGACGCCAGGGAUGUUCAAGCCGCGAUGUUGUCUGCAUUUGGGAAGUUACUAGAGACCCUCGCGAAGGACCCCUACAGCCACCACGAGCACAAAGGCGCAAUUCCCCGUCCACUAGACAAGUACCUUGGACUUCAGGCUUCCUGGGUUCCUCUCCGAAAGCUGCAUAAGGAUUCCUGCCUACAAUUUCUCAACAUUGCCGAGAUGGUCACUCCUGCGCUCUGGACUGCACAAUUCUUAUCUUCAAGCGUUGCCAUGCGUGCCACUGGGACAAGGCGUCUUUAUGUCACCCAGCCUGACGGCUAUAUCCAACAUCUUGGGACAACUACUACUUGGACGUGGCAGAAGCUACGUCAAAUGGAUCGCGUUUACCCUGAUGCAAGUUUUGACCACACGCCCGAAGCAGAUGCACACGAGCCAUGCUGGGAGUUCGACGAACGUCUUGACCCACCACCAAGUGUUCACUCUUCGAUUGAAUCCCAUAUCUCAUUGAGCAUCCGACCAAUUACCAACGAAGGGACCGAACAGACCUCCUCCUCGGACCAACUCUCAUCCGCCUCCCCCAACAUCUCCACCACACCUACCUCUCUCGUUCAGCCCUCCGGCUACCUUAUCUCUCCUCUUAAAGAACGCCACCCCUUCCAGCCCCUCCGUACUCGUACAGCCUCUAUGCCAUCCCUCAUUGCCCUCAAUUCCCCCUCCCAACCCAAACGCCGCAUUUCCUCUUUCAACAACGAACUUCAGUCCUCGCCAGUGCGCCCGCGGAUUCUGAAACGUUUGCGCACGCGGUCUCCCAGCCGUCCACGCGAUACUCCUCGUUGGAGUGUGGGCCCGCCUAGUCCAUUCGCAUACGCUGAGGAUUACGUGGAGAUGAAGAGAGGGUUGACGCCGUUUGCAUAUGCAACGCCGCAUAGUAAUGCGCCAUACAUUGAACGUCGGAUUAGUAGCGAGUUCGAUGAAGAUGGAGGUGAUGAACAGGGCAGCACGACAGAGGAAUUCGAAGGCGGAGAACAGAAUGCCCUGAGUGACUAUGACUCUGGUAGUAGCAAGGGGCAUUCAGAGGAUGAAUGGGAAGGUGUCCAGGACCCUGUUGAGGUACAGGAAAGUGGGACACGCGUCCUUGGCAUGGUUGUUAGUGGAAGCUCGUGGCGAAAUGAGGACGAGGAGAGUGAUGACGACGGAAGCAGCUGUCCGAGCGAGUAUCCGAGUAACCAGCCUAUAGGUCUCGUGCCGGGCGAGACGAAGGCAGGCUUUCGCAUUCAUGUCGAUGAAUAG